UUCCCUUUCGCCUUCCGGCCAGCUCCGCUCUGUGGCCGUGGCGCAGCGGCAGCCGCGGGUGCGAGGCAGGCGGCCAUGGUGCUCCUCACGGUCAUCGCGCGGGUGGCCGACGGGCUUCCUCUGGCCGCGUCCAUGCAGGAAGACGAGCAGUCUGGUAGAGACCUGCAGCAGUACCAGAGCCAAGCCAAACAGCUGUUCCGAAAACUCAAUGAACAGUCUCCGACCAGGUGCACCUUGGAAGCAGGAGCCAUGACUUUUCAUUACAUCAUUGAGAGAGGAGUGUGUUAUCUGGUGUUGUGUGAAGCUGCCUUCCCCAAAAAGCUGGCCUUUGCAUACCUGGAAGAUUUGCACUCAGAAUUCGAUGAGCAGCAUGGAAAGAAGGUUCCAACAGUGUCCAGGCCCUAUUCUUUCAUUGAGUUUGAUACUUAUAUCCAGAAAACCAAGAAACUAUAUAUUGACAGUCGUGCAAGGAGAAACCUUGGCUCCAUCAACACAGAGUUGCAGGACGUACAGAGAAUCAUGGUAGCCAACAUUGAAGAAGUUCUACAACGAGGCGAGGCACUUUCAGCUUUGGAUUCCAAGGCAAACAAUCUGUCCAGUUUGUCGAAGAAAUAUCGCCAGGAUGCAAAAUAUUUGAACAUGCGUUCCACCUAUGCCAAGCUUGCUGCUGUUGCUGUGUUCUUUAUCAUGUUGAUUGUCUAUGUGAGGUUCUGGUGGCUUUGAGAGGUUUCCAGGCACCAAAGAGGGACAGCUAGUAACACAGCAGAUGCAUAGUUGCAAGAUGCCAAGAUCGCCGGAAUGUACAUUAGAAGCCCCAAAUGGGAUGACUGUAUAGUGAGAAUUGCUGCUACUUUCCGGUGAAUCUUAAUUCCCAAAUGUCAAAGCUUCCUGGAUUUUCUUUUGCACUUAGAAGACUUGAAAUUUGUCCAUCCCACCAGCAGCAUGAUUUCCAUCCCUAAUGUGAGAGGGAAGCCCUGAAUUGUCUUAUGAGGCUAAUUCACGGCUUUCGCGUUGAUGCUGCAGUAGACACCCCACCCCCUCUCCCUGUAAAUGAUCCCAGCCCUCAUAGUAAAGGGACUCUAAUGAACAUUCCUGGUGCUAGUAAUAUUUUCUCAAGGGUCUGGAUCUUGCUACUUGUGCAGAAAUUCCUGUUUAAAGGCUGAGUCUUUACUGUACUUCUGACAUACUGACAUUACACCAUUAAUUUCUUAAACAGAUAGGAAAUUCUGCUUCAGUAGACUUCAUUAUUGUUAGAUAUAUUGAAUCAUUACACCAUUGAUUUAGAAAGUAGCUAAGAAAUUCUGCCUCAGCAGACUUCAUUAAGUGCUAAGUAUAAUGUUGAAAUAGUUGUCACAGAAUUAAAUUACAAGCACGUAAUUCAUUUUCAUUUCAGAUAAAUCUAUGUUUUUAAAACCAAUACCAUUCUCUGCAUAUUUUACAGGGAGAGGCUUGGCGUCUCCUGCUUGUUGGGUUUUUCUCUCUCCCACAAAUGUCACUAUUUCUUUUGCUUUGUGCAGUCUGUAAGACAACCUACUAUUUGGAUCUCGCGGCACACGAAAGGGCUGAAGAAGAGCAGGUCUCUUCCUGAAUUCUUGACAGUCUGUGCUUUGAAAAAUUAAGCUCCUUUGUCAGUCUCUUCUUCACUGUUUCUUUGUCUAUUUCCCUGUGGAGCAGAAACUGUUAGUGUCCUGAACUCUGGUAUCUGAGGACUGCUAACUCUGAGGGGGGUGCUAUCAUGCAGUGUGAAAAGUACUUUCAGAUGUGUCUUAAGAGUGGAUCUCAAAAAAGGAGAUAGUAGAACUAAUCUCCCAUGUGUUCUCAGGCAGCCUGUCUGAGUAGUUGCAAGGGAAGAGAAAAGGAGUUGAAGAACAGAACACCACAUACUAUGUUCCAUCAGAGAUAAUGAAAAGAAAAUUGGUUUUAUUUCAAUUGGCAAGCGCACUAUUACAGCUCUCUCUUAAAAAUAAAAGGUGAAUUCACAGCA